AUGACGGCAAGUCCGAAUUCGUUUGCUUCGUCAGUUGCCAAAGCAUCUUGGAGCAGCAUCGAAUCUUCGUGGCAGGUGCUCAGUGAUGCGGCUCGGGCGGCCAAACCAUCAGGGACUUGCAAGGAUAUCCCGCUCGACUACAAGGACAUCGAUUGGGCACAGAUGUACGGGUGGGAGAAAAUGUCCGUCCAGUUGGAGUCCUUCAAAGUCGAUGUGUUGAAGGAGUCUGGUCACCCAUGCGAGCGGAUCGAAAAGAUUACCAGCGACGUGCAAGAGGUGCGCAUUGCGCCUAAGCCGUUCGGGAAAGGCGCGAUGCGUUACGCAUACGCAAUGUGGAAUGACACGAUGAAGUCGAAAUUGGUCGCAAAAGUUUAUAUGUGCACUAGUCCCAAGUACUGCUCCAAGGACGUCUACGAGGGCGACAUGAUGUCGCAAGCUUUCGCAAAGUACAUGGCGAACGAGUUCAAUAAGAAAGUUAAGAAUCCACUCCAGUUUGUCCAGGCGCAGCUCCUCAGCGUGGUGUCUGCCAGCUCGCGCCAGGAGGGCAGCGUGAUGUGCGUCGAGCCCUACAUGCCGGGAAAGUACGUCAAGCAGACGAACAACAGCAAUUACGUGGGCAAGGACUCCGAGCUCGCUCAGGCUUUCAGCCACUUCACCUGGCACUAUUCUGGCGGAGAUAUGAUGGUGACAGACAUCCAGGGGGUUCGGGGCACCCUCACUGAUCCGCAGAUCCACUGCGCAAAGAACGUGUUCGGCCGCGGAAAUCUUGGCACGGAGGGCAUGGAUGCAUUCUUCAUGGUGCACAAGUGCGGAGAGACGUGCAAGCACCUGCGUCUGAAGGAGAACCCUCUGCAAUUGCCUGGAGAGAACGAGGUCCCGCCCGGCUUCUAUGCCCGCACCGCUCCUGGCAAUCUGGCCUCGAGCGCCUAUACGAUCCGAAAGACAGCCGCCGAGGCUUUGACAAGCGAGUCGGAGGACGCUGACUGGAUUGCGGGCUUGAGGCUGGCCUGGCCUAAGAGUGGGUCGGGGGAGCCAGUGGUCAUCGACGUACAUGGGGAGGUCCUUGUCCAUGUCAUCGAGGAGGAACCGGAGUCUGGGGGGGGAUACUCGUGGCAGGCCAGGGUGGCACGUCUCCGGACCUUAGGCCAGGUGCCCGAUGGAGAAAUGCUCGAGCUGCGCAGGCGCGGAAGUCCUCGGCGUCCUCGGCGUACCGCGAGUGAGAAAGUUCUUGAAGUGGGGUUCUCGCUGAUCUACGUGGGCCAAGUUUACAUCAAGAACUUGACUCGCCUGGAUAUACUCCAGCUCCUUGCUGAGUACAGGGAGAACGUAGGGAAUUGCUCGCUGGUGUUCGCCCACGGGGAUAGGAUCUCAACGCUAAAGCGUUUCAAACACCUCUUGCACAAGCCUGGAAAGGCAGCUUUCGGCGAUGAGCUUGAUGUCAGCAGUGACGGGCAGAAGUAUUCCAAGAGCAAAGGUGUUGAGGAUGAUGCGGAUUGUUUUCAGUGGUUGUGUGGGGGCAAGUGCGGCUCAUACGUCACCCGUCGAAAGGACCAGUACAAAGCAUCUCACGUGAUCCCAAGCGAAGUAUUCUGCCGCAAGUGCACGCUGAAGGUCAACAAAUCAUGGCGUGGUAAACAGUGUGCCACUCCAGACUGCCAAUUUCUCGUGACGUAUCGCGAGUUCGUGUGUACCUUGCACGGUGUACGUGAGCCAGACUUUUGCAAGCGAUGCGACACGGGUCUUGAUCGGCCGAUUCAGGGGCUUCGCGUCUCCACGUGGCGCCGUAAGAAGUGCGAGCAGUGCAAGAGCCGGAUCGACUACACCACGGAUGGCCCACCGCCGCCUGCAGUGUGCGAGGAUUGUACGUGGGCGGGGCAAGACGAUCCCGAGCCAGAGGACCUGGACACCGGUGACGAAAAAUUGGAGAAGGAGGACGAGAAGGAGUGGGAGGUGAUGGACUAUACGAAGUGGAAGCAGCACGAGAAGGCUGUUCAGAAGACACCCCAAAUGACCAAGACAUGCAGCCAAUGCAAUAAGGAUUUUCUUGCGUCAGCGGCUGUUGAGUACCAGUGCCAGACCGGCAAUCAUAAAUUCAUAAUUUGUGAAAGUGCUGCAUGCCAGCGUGCUUUGGCCAAGCUGGGCGAGGAUCUUUGCAAGCAGAGUGGAAAGGCGGGCAAAAAACACUUGGACUUCGCCAAGCAUCGUGGCAAGUACUGUUGCCCUAGGUGCAUGUUGGUCCUCACGGAGAUCUGA